AUGCCUCACUCCGACAACUUGUAUUCAAUGAAUGCCGACCAAGGCGAGGAUGGCGAGGAUUAUGCAGAUCAAUUAUCGCCUUCAGACGGCUAUUUUGCCUCUUCAUCCUCGUCAUCCCAUGCUGUGCCAAACGUGCCAAACGUCUUCGUCCCCGACCCCACACUACAAGAAACAUCGGAGUUGGACGCGGAAUCAAAAGCUCGAGAGGCGGAAGAAGAAAGACUUUUAUCCAACGCCGAAAGGAUUGAGAAUUAUUACUCCGAGAGCAAUUACCAUCCCAUAACGUCAGGCAGCAGUCGAGAAUCUGGUCAAUCAGAGAAUCGCGCCACUAGUUCGAUCGCAUCGCGUCAAGCUCAAUUUAAUCCCACGUCCAUAUAUACGUAUUCGCCGUCGUCAGCUUCACAUAACCCUCUGCGAAACUAUCCGACACGAACGCGGGCCUCUUCAGUAUAUUCUGACGCGCCACCGGCGUACUCUCCUUCGCCCGUGACUCCCGUCGUACCUAUCAACCAACCGACCCAAUCUAGAACAUACAGCACAUUCACAUCUACCAUGGGUGUUGCGGAUAUUAUUGAAAAUGAGAGGCUGCUAGAGCGAGGUCCCGAAAGCAUCGGCCAACCACAUGACGAAGAAGUUGGUGGCACGCCACCACAUUGGAGUCGUCGAGUUAGAAGACGGCUGCCUACGUGGCUCGGUUGCCGAACCCUGACGCUUGGUCUGAUUGUACUGGUUGUUUCGAUUGGAUUUUUAGCAGGCUCCUUCCGAAUAUCUAAGCAGGAUGAUCAUAGGAAGACUAUCGGGGCACAGCCCGUUGUGCAGAUUCCGCCAAAUUCCGGAAAGGAACCCGUAACUGCCGAACCCGUUACCGAGGAGCCGGUAGCUGCAGCUCCUUUCCAACCAUCAUACUGUGAGGAUGCGCAGUACCGUUUCGAUGACCAGGUCUUGGCCCUCAACUUUGAUGUGGGCCGAAAUGUCACCUUCAUAGAGGACCAGCAUGCGCACCCGGGAACAAGCCAAGUGCACGUCGCCGGCCAAAUCAACGUGCGACGACUUGAUGCCGGCGGCGAGCCACGCUUGGUAUUGGAGAUCGCUACCAACGACAAGGGUGUCUUACUCGACGUCUUCACUGAUGAAGAUGCCCAGGCCAUGAAGGUGAGCGUCCCGAAGAAGUACGACUCCGUCGACCCAGAAUCUUGGCCUUGUGUUGAGAUGAGGGCAACGAUCUGGGUCCCCUCAGAUGGAGAAAUCGGCGUGCUCUCUCUAGGCGCAGUUCAUCUCGAUAUUCUUCUCCUAGACGACCUGUCUAUCCACGUGACGGACUAUUCCCGGAUUUCAUCAGUGGUUGGUGGCAUCAGCUCUGGUGCAGAGCAACCUCUUUCUUACAAUGACUCCCUAUUUCUGCCGAUGGCGCCAGAUUACACUUUCGUGCCCGCAAAGUCUUCGUAUGUACUCGACUCGCGCAUCAUUGAAGUGACAACGACGUCCGGCAGGGUUGACGGUAACUGGCCUCUGUACGAUAUGCUUGGGCUACACACGACCUCAGGCGACAUCAAAGUCUCAAUCACGCCAAGGGAAGAGCUUGAGGAGGACCCGAAACCGGCCGUCCUGUCCUUGAGUUCGAUUUCUGGCGCCGUUCACGCUACGGAACCUGUACAUACCGAACCAUGGAUCCCCCUGCGUGACUACCUUGUCGACAUUAAGUCUACCUCAGGCGGGAUCCACGGCGCCCUCGCAUUCGGUGCCGGUAUCGAGCUUAAGAGUAUUGCUAGCGAUACUGCUCUUGAUCUGCUUCCUGUUAUCAACGAGAACAAGUUGUCACCAGCCCAGCCAGCUCAAUUAGAGACCACGACAACAAGCGGUACUACCGCUCUCCGCAUACUUGAACCACUCUGGUUUGGACGAAAUGGCACGACUGCUAGCAAGCCCCUGAACUGCCUCCAAGCUAUCCACAAGUCUACUAGUGGGGACAUCGGACUGCGGUAUCCCCAGGCGUGGGAGGGAUACCUCCAAGCCGAGACAACAAGCGGAAGACUUCAAGUGAGAGGGAAAGACGUUAAGAUAAUCAAGUCGGUUGGUGGUUGGCCAGGAUCUAAGUUGGAAGCGCAGAAGGGCCCUGGUGGUCCCGGCUCAACCGUUCAGGUCUGCUUGACCUGUCUUAGCAUCACGCCGGGUAGCCAGGCGACCCAAUAUUGCCGCGUGAGGGAGCGACACCGUAUAAUAGACAUAUCACCGUCCACCUGCCCCAGAAAUCAUGGCCUUCCUUAUGCGCCACAUGUCGAGAUCAUCAACGAAGGGGAGUGGCAAAACUGCUUCUACUGUGUUUCGGGAUUCGAGUUCCCAUAUGAAGCUGUUGAGAUAGAAGCCAGAGAGCUGUCGCGUUUUCGGUUAGGGGCCGGCGACCCCUCCUCGGAAAAUGAAGACGACUCACGAAUACUACCUUUACGUCCGCGACCAAUAUCUCUCCCGGAAGAACCAUCAGUAAGCCAACGGCAAAUACCUAUACAAUCACCACCUCGACCACCACAGCCUUAUGGCGGAACAGUCUCCGAUGAUGUCCCCGAUACUGAGGAACACGAUCACCCUGAAGGGAUCCCGGCCUCACUAUGGGUGACUUUUCCACCCAGAUUGCAGGUGGCGGUCACGCAGGCUUUGAACAGGCCAUCGCUUGAUGAUGAAAUUGAGAUCGAUGUGGAUGAGCUUUUACGGAGUGGCCCAGGGUCUGGUCGGCGCGGGGGUAGGCGGCGCGGGCAUCGUGAAAUACUGUGA